CAUUUUCUUUGAGCUUAAUCUUUUGAUCGAUCGAUCGAAUUCUUGUCGCGGCGAUGGAGGCGAGCUCUAAUCUGGCAUGGACGCUGAUCCGGGAGGAGAGGUCGCGGAUCGCGAUCGCCACGGUCGCGGCGCUGGCGCCGCUGGUAUGGGGAGGUCUGGUUUGGGUGUCCAGGCUUUCUUUCAUCGGGCAGAUCAUCGCCGGGACCGUCAUGGGGAUGGGAACCAUGGGGGCUUUCCAUUACCUCGGUGUCUAUCGGACGCGCAAGCGAAUGCACAAGGCUGUGACAAUCGCGCAGCUCUCCAUUGCUGAUGCUCAGGUUCUAAAGAGAUUUCUUCCUAUCGAGGCACUGCCAAGCUGGAUCCAAAACAUCACAGACUUUGAAAAGGUUACUUGGCUCAACAGGGAGCUCGAAGAAGUUUGGCCUUUCUUGGAUCAAGCAGCCUCGGAGAUGAUCAGGAUGCAAAUCCAACCAGUGCUGGAUCAAUACAAGUUUGGGCCGAUCCAGAAACUCAACGUAAAGUCCGUUACUCUGGGAAAGGUUGCUCCUAUGAUCGGAGGCAUUAAGUUCACUGGCGUAGGGAAGAACGAAGCAAUGGUGGAAGUUGAAGUCGACUGGAGGCAUGGUGAAGAUCAGAAGUUUACUCUUGAAGUACAGACAACUGGACCGGAUUUCACUGUUCAGGUGAAAGACUUUGUCUUCUAUGGAAUUCUGAGAGCUGUGCUCAAGCCUCUGACCGACCAGUUGCCGUGCUUUGGUGCCGCUGUGGUUUCGCUGAGAGAACCUCCUACCAUAGAUUUCAAGACUAAGUUCCUCGGCGGUGACCUGCUCCAGCUCCCUGGUCUGGAUGGAAUGAUCGACGAAAUCAUAAGGAACGCGGUGAUGGAUUUGCUUGUCUGGCCGAAUAGGAUGGUGAUUCCAAUACUUCCCGGCGACUACAGCUUUAUGGAAAUGCGACCUGUCGCUUAUCUUGAAGUCCACAUCAUAGAAGCCAAGCGUUUGCUCAACAAGGAAACGUUCGGCAAGUCUGAUCCCUUCGUCUAUGUGUACGUCCGACAAAAGCAAGAGCUCAUGCAAAGAACGGCCACCAAAAGCAACACGAGCAAUCCCACUUGGAACGAGCACUUUAUCGUCGACGUCGAGGAUCCCCAGACCCAGAAGCUAAACCUCAGGGUGAUGGACUCGGACCAGAUGAACGCUGCUGAUUUUCUUGGCUUUGCCGAGAUCCCCAUUCGAGAGCUGGAACCAAACACCCCGAAGGAUAUGUGGGUGAAACUCGUCAAAGAUCCUCGAAAGCCUCAAGACGAGAAAAACCGAGGGGAGAUCCAUCUCGUUGUCGCGUUCAAGCCUCACAAGCGCAUGAACGAAGACGAGCAUGAGCUCUUGCCUGCCGUGCCAGAGGGCGCUGGCGUCGCUCCUCCCACCGAGAAAAGCAAAGAAGACGAAGCCAAGAAGAGCGUCUCCACGCCUGAGCAACCGGAAACCAAGACCGCCACUCCAGCUCAAGAACACGAUGGUGGCGGUGGUGAUAGAGUAACAGCAGGUGGAUUGGUGCUAAACAGGGCUGCGAGACCACCAACCAAUGAGCCCAUCGAAGGAACAAAUCCAGAAGCUUUACCGGCAGAGAAGAAAGAAUCGCUGGCACCAUCGACUCCAACCAAAGAAAAUGCCAAGGCUGCCGGGACUGAGACGAUGAACCAAGAUGGAGCUACCGAAUAGAGUCUGGAGGAGAGCGGCAAUAAAGGUGAGAACUUUGAAGAUCACUAGUGCGACGUAGUGUUUUAUUCUCAAGAGUUUCGUUGUUUUUCCACGGAAAAAAAGAACUCUUCGUUCUACGUUACCAGGGGUGGUAGCACACUAUGUACAUGCCUCUUGAAGAUAGAAAAAGAACUUUCGGAGCUCUUGGCACUCA